AAAAGAUUCCUCCCAGUGAGUUUUUAAUAAAUUCUUUGAUGUUUGAAAAUGUUCAAAUUUGUGCCUGUGCCAUGUUCAUUGGUGGUAAUGAAUGACUGGGCCGUGUUUAUCUUCUGCACAUAGUUUUUUCUAUUAUUCUAAAUAAUUUCACAACUUUCAUUUUACCCAAUAUGGCUUUGUUCCUGUUUUUAUUUUGUCCUCCCUAGUAGUUUUUUAUAUAUAUAUAUUUGUACUUCUUCUUUAGCAUUCUGCCAAGGCAUGAUGUUGCUGCUGUAUAAACUUUCCUUCCACUGAAAGCAACUUCUCCUAGUAUUCUCUCCACUGAGGGCAGACUGCUGCUUCUCAUUUGACAGAGAGUAUCCUGAUUUACUCUUAAUUUGACAGAGAGUAUCCUGAUUUACUCUUAAUUUCUCUUUCAUGAGCCUGAGAAUGUAUCUGUGUCUCUGUCAACUAAGCAUUGCUUCUACCCUCUUUAUCAUCAACAGUGCUGCCAAAGAUAACAACGCACACAGAGGAUUAUCUGUGUUGUCAUGUGGAACAUUCAGUCUUUUAUCAACAGCAGCCAGAGAUUCUAAUCAGUACUGUGUAAUAUCAGAAGGGUUCAAAUAAUUUUUAAAUUCAUCUUAUUAAACUGUCACAUUCUCGCUUAUGAACCUCAAGAGACAAUGCUUCUUUCUUUAAUUAAAAGAAAAGUUUAUUAUCUAUAUAUUUUUCAUUUCAAACAAUAUGAUUCAUUUACAGAUGAAUCUCUUUGUUAAUCUUUGUCAGUGUUCAUACAUGUACUGUAGCACUUCUUGCACCCUGACAGGAACUGAGAAGUGAGCACCCACACAGGAAGUGUGGUCAAGGUCUGUCCCGGAUGUUGGUUGCAUGAUGUGAAUAGAAUAUGAAGAUAGACAGAGAAGUACAGACAGAAAAAGACAGAGAGGAAGAAAACGAAGAUCUUGAAUGACGCCACUGGAGGUUGUAACAUGCUUCAAUGACAUUUAUGGGAUCUUAUAAAAUGAUCGUCACUCAUGCUGCAGAGGAGGACAUUUUGUAGCAAGAUAUCAUUUACAGCACCAACAUCGUUCACUGAGAUACAUGCUAAUGGAGGAGGAAAAUGUGUGCUCCUCUCUCCCGGUUAUCACAGACUCAGUCCUUCAAGAGCCUCAGCAAGAUUCAUGGACUUCUAUUGAGCACCAGCACAUCAAUGGAGAGCAGCCGGCCAUUGUGUGGGGCGAGACGGAAGUACAGAUAGACGAGGCACAUGGAGCAGAUCAGCUCAGUCUCUCCCCAAAGGCAGGACAAGACCCUCCUGAGGAAGCAGAGCAGUGGGAGCAAAUAGUAUGGCCGGUUCGCCCCAUGACCUGUACCAGUCCCCUGAUUUCGUUUGCCACAGUGCAGUGGGACAUGCCUGACCCCACCCCAGGGACGUCUUCAUUCACUAUUGACAGCAGUGUGGCCAAUGAGCUGGACUCUGGCGGCAUCACGAGCAUAGACACCACACCCCUGUCAAAUCACCAAUCUCAAGAUGUUAAUGCAGAGCUUUUCAUACAGGACGUCGGAGAGGAAGAAGAUGGGUUUGAGUCUCGGCUUCUGAACUCAAAUCUAGAGGGGACAGAAAGCGGCUCUGAGCCAUGUGACGCUGCAGAUGUGCAAGAGCCAACAGCACAGGAAAAGGAAGAUUCAACUCAUGAGCUGUUAGACAGUAAUAAUGAAAUCCCACUAAGGACAGACGCAGAGGCAGAGGAGGGACACUCAGCAACCUCAGAUCCUGUUGAAACUGUGGACAUAAUCGAUAUUCUUGAAGAGAUUGAUGGCUCAGAAGAUGAGGCAGACAGUUUUGUUGAUUUAAAACUAGAGGAGGAACAGGAGGAGCCCGGUGUUCUGCUGACUGGACAGGGCGAGUCAGAGGAAGAUCAAACAUCAACAAAUGUUGCUGAGACUGAAGAGGAGAUUGAGGAGGGAGGCAAGGUAGAAGAGGAGCAGAACGUGACAAACCUGUCCUGUACUGAAGAAAGUGAAGAGGCAAAAACUCACAGUUGUCUGGGUGAUAUUGAGGCUCCUGCAGAGCCACUACAAACUGACAAUACUGGAACAGCUGGAAACCCAGAUAAGCUACUUGAUCUGCAACAGUCAGAGCUUUUGGAGGAAAGGCAGCACUUAGGGAGCCAGGAGAACUUAGAAUUACUAGAACGGUUACAUGAAGAUCCCGCAGAACAAACUGAAGAGUCAGAAAUGUGCAAAGAUGUAGGUCAGAACUUGGACCCUGAACAGUCAGAGGCUGCACACAAUAACGAAGAACCAUUUAUCCAGGUGGCAGAUAAUGUAGAGAGGAUAGAGGACACACAAGAGAUACUGCAGCUGACUGAAAAACUGGAGGAGACGAGUUCUUUACAGGAUCAAGAUUGUGACCAAACAACUUCACAGCAGCUGUCACCGCAGCCCGAACACUCUGAGCCUGAGCAGCUUGAGAUGACCGAAGAGCCAGAGCAGAUCCAAGCAGAGGUGACGCAUCAAGCAGAGGAACGACACUCUGAAGACCAAUUGGGGCAGCCGCAACAUCUGGAGCACUUACUGCAGAUGGAACUGACAGAAGAGUCAACCCAUCCUGAAAAUGCCGACCUGCUAGAGGAGUCUACUCCGUCAGAGCAGACAGUUUGUGUCGAAGCUGAAGACCCCGGAGUGGCAGAGCAGCAAGAACAGACGGAGCCAUCAGUGCAGAAUGAGCAAACGACCGACUCAUCGCAGCUCACACUCUCUGAGCAGCUCGUACGACCAGAGGAGACAGAUGAGUCGGAAAUAACAGAGCAGGUGUCUGCUGAGACUGAGGUCACACAGCAGACAGCAGAGACCGAGUUCAGUCAGGUGGACGAACAGGCUGAGACGUCACAUCAGGCUGAAGAAGUCGGAGGUAGUGAGGAUGGAUCUGUGCAAACAGUUGUAGCCAACGGAAUGCAACCCAAGCCCCCUGAGAUGGCAGUGCCUCUUACGAACGGAGGCGAGGUGGACAGAGAGAUGGCCCACCGCCUCGCUGAGCGGCUGUAUAACUUGGAUGGGAUCCAGCGUGUGGAUGUGGUGAAGCACUUAGACAAAGACCAUGACUUCAGUCGUGCAGUCGGGGAGGAAUACCUGAAAUUCUUCGACUUCACUGGGCAGACUCUGGAUCACUCCCUGAGAUCUUUCUUGAAAGUGGUGCUGCUGAUCGGAGAGACCCAGGAGAGAGAGCGCGUGCUGCAGCAUUUCGCCUGCCGCUUCCAUGAGUGCAACCCCGACUCCUUCUCCACUUCAGGGGCUGUGUUGGCUCUAACAUGUGCUUUGAUGCUUCUCAACACUGACUUGCACGGACAGAAUGUGGGAAAAUCCAUGUCCUCGUCUAAGUUUGUGUCCAACCUGGAUGGGAUGAAUGAAGGAGAAAACUUCAGCAAGGAUCUCUUGAAAAGUCUUUACAACUCCAUAAAGAGUGAGGCUCUGGAGUGGGCUGUUGAUGAGGAGGAACUGAAGAGCUGCGUGUUGGCGGACGAAGAUGCCGCAGAUGAUGCGCCGCUGCGUUCAAAAGCCAACCCCUUCCAGGAUGUUCCUCAUGACAAAAAGGCCUCUGUGAUCAAAGAGGGAUUCCUCCAGAGGAAGCUUCAUGCGGACAUUGAUGGCAAACGCACUCCUUGGGGGAAGAGAGGCUGGAAGACUUUCUAUGGAGUGCUGAGGGGAAUGGUCCUUUACUUACAGAAGGAUGAUUACAGGAGGGAUCAGCCGACUAACGAGGAGGUGGUGAGUGUGCACCACUCUUUGGCCGAGCAGGCAGCCGACUACACCAAGAGGCCGCACGUCUUCCGUCUGCAGACGGCUGACUGGAGGGUUUUCCUCUUUCAGGCCUCAUCCAAAGUGGAGAUGAAUUCAUGGAUCAGCCGCAUCAACCUGGUUUCGGCUCUUCACUCCUCGCCUCCGUUCCCCGCCGCCGUUGGCUCUCAGAGGAGGUUCUUCAGGCCGAUCCUCCCCGCCUCGCAGUCUGCUCACACUCUGGAGCGUCAGCUGCAGUCUCACUCAGGAAUGCUGGAGUCCUUCAAGGCAGACCUGUCGUACCUGCAGCAAGACCUACCAGAGGGCAAAAAAGCCAAAGCCAAGGAGCUGGAGGAGCAUCGCGUCAGAGCAGAGUACCUGCAGCACGAGAUGUGCCGCUAUAAGAUCUACAUCCAGGUGCUGGAGGCCUGGAAAAGUGUGAAGAAGACAGGCGACGGUGCGUUGAGCGUCGCAAACCUGACCCUGUUUGACAAAGCUGUGUGUGCAGACUCUGUUGGGGAGGAGGAGGAGGAAGAAGGGCUGAAGAAGUCUCACUCCAGCCCUUCUCUGGAGCUGGAGAUGCCUCCUCCAACAGUGAUCAAAGUCAGACGCAACAUCUCAGAAAGGCGGACUUAUCGCAAGACCAUCAUUCCCCGAUGGAAUAAAGAGGCCUGACAGGUGUUUCACCCAGAGAUAAUACGACCACUUAAAGGCCCUUUAAAAUGCGGAUGUAUAGUUUUUGGUGGGCCUUCAGUCUUUUAGUUUUUUGGAAGCACAUAUCUGGAAUCUGCCUCAGCAAAAUAUUGUUUUAUUUUCGAGUUCUUCUGCAGUUUUAUCUUUUGCACUUUUCCAAAAAUAAACCUCAGGGAAUCCCUGAGCCUCAGUGUCUCUCGGGAUAGAGGGUGUGGGGUGGCGCCUCAUUUAUUUGUUGAGUUAUUUAGUUUUGAGUGUUAACUUUGGCCUGUAAUCGUACCCAGAGUAGUACAAAGUUAGUGAAACCUUGCUGUCAUUUAUUUCACUUUGGGCAAAAAUGUGCCUUUUAACUGUCAACCGCUAGAGGGUGCUAUAGUACAGCACAUCUCCGAGUGACUGUAGGGGGGGCAGGAUGGCCUUCAGGUAGUUUUAAACGUUUUUUGAAGGAUCCCAAUUGCACUUUUAUUCUUUUUUAUAUUGUGUACAAGAUGUUGAUUUGUUUUCUGUGAGUAUUCAUGAAGUUUGUGUCACUGUUACAUUUUUUUUUUCCAAAUGAAGGGUUCAUGUCCAAAAUGUUGUUUUUCUCUGUGGGGAAAAAAUAAAAAUGUUACUUCCAAUCAUCA